UUAAGCUGUAUAUAAUGCUUUUCAUUCUCUGUUCUCUUAAGCACCAUCCGGCUAGUAAAAUAUUCACACUAUGAGGCCUUCGCGAGUGAUAUCAGUUCCCGUUCACAAUACGCAAAGCCUGGGAGGAAUCGGAUGCUGCUGCUGUCGCUGUUGUAGCUGUUUGAAUUUGGGCUUUCUGAAAACCGGGCCUGGAAGACUGAAAUUAGUCGAAGUGUUGCUUGGCUCCUUUUGCCAAAGCUUAGCGCUGCAGUUUGACGCAAAAUACGCUGGAACGAUCGGACUGUCUUUCCAAUCGUUCACCACCAAUGUGGCCUGGUGUUUUCUCACCACUUUCCUCCUGCUUGUUUGCUACAUUUUCUCCUCAAAGUCGAUCCACCUCAUUAAGUCGUCACUUUUUGAAGUUCUCUUCAACACACUGGCCGCUCUGACUUAUUUGGGAAGCUGCUCAUUCUUGGGGUAUGUAGUCAAUGUAGUCUUGGAGCCGGUUUACGCGAUUACUCCCCAAUAUCAAGUUUAUCCUGCAAUGAGUACCGCCUAUAUGACUGGCUCAAUUUUGGGCCUGAUUUACGCAUAUGAUGCCUACAAAUCCUACCGAUUUUUCAAAGGAUACCGGCAUUAAGACCRCACUUUUUAUUUGGUUCGUUAUCCACAGAAGCUACCGUUUAUGUUCUAGUCAAGACACAAGAGUAAUAUUUAUUUGAGUAUUUAUUAGGAGGACUUGUUGAAUAAACACGACUAAAACAUCAAAA